AUGGAAUCAGAAGACGUGCAAAGUUUGAAGCAACAACUUCUUGCGCUAAGAAAUGCUAUUCCAAAACUACCAGCGCCAGCAGAUUUACGCGAUAACAUAUUCAAAUACUGUCACGACGUAGAUCACACGAUGAAAAAAGUAGACGAACUGCAAAGCAGCAUCGAUGUAGUACGCAAUUCCAAGAUGAAUUUGGAAAAGAAAGAAAACAAACUGCACUACUACGAACUAAUGUGCGAGAAACUGCGCAUCGAAUUCCUACUACUUCGCACUCAACUGCGCACAUUAUACACAGUACCGCAACUUUUGUUCGCAACGACGACAACAACGCCAGCGAUUUGGGAAACAUUGAUGGAAUGGCCUGAUGAAAACGAAGACGGAAAGGAACUUGUCGUAAACCAAAAAGAAGUCGAAAUGAUGAUCGAAGACCAGAUAAACUGCCUCGAAAACUUCAAAACAAAGCUGCACCAUCUCAUCGAAGAGAUCUGGCAACAAAAUGAUCAAAAAGAAGCGCAAAAAGAAAAAGAAGAAGAAACAAUCCUUCAAGCCAUAAAAAACAUGGAAAAAAUUCUGAAAGAUUUGCAAGAAAAGUUCAAAAACAACCAAGAAGAAUCAGGAAGUGUUCGAGAGCGCAGAAAAUCAACAACCAGUGAGUCAUCAAACGAAGACAACGAGAUCGCCCGAGCUGAUAGCGAAGCCGAAAGGGAGCCGGAGCAACACGAGGAGGGGAGGCCUGCGGAUCAAGAACCAAGUUCGUGGAACUGUGGAAUGGACAUGGAAGAGGUCCCAAUGGACAUCGAAGAGCGCAUCGGAAGAUUGCAACUGGAGUACGAUCGUAAUGCUCAAGCCAUCCUGGAUCUGAAUCUGCUAAUAGAAGAGUUGGAAAACGAACGGACCUGUCGGCCACGCUCAUUCUACAGAGGCGAAGUCAAAAGCAUUGAGCGCAAUAUGCGUUGCGCUUUUUGUGAAGCCAUUGGCUCACACUACUCGGAUUCUUGUUGGGAAGUGGCAACGGCGCGCGAGAGACGACAACUGCUUGCCGACAAGAAAAAAUGCGAAUUGUGCCUGGAAAUCAUCUGCUGUGGAGGAAAGCUGUGUCGGAAAUAUGGGCAACCAUGUUUUCACUGUCACCGCACAGGGCAUCAUUCAGCUCUAUGCAGCCUCCCUGAAGAAAGCCAGAUCAUCAUGCAAAGACUGCGAAGAGCGAGGGAUGCGAAGGAGCAUCACAGGCGCCGCGCUGAAGAGCUCGAACACGAAAUCAAUGAACUCAGAAGAGCACUUCCCUAG